CAGUGCACUCCUUCUCGGAAGAUGGCAAAAUGAAAUACAGCGGCGAAGGGGGAAACGAGUGGCUUUUAAUGCCGCAAGAUAAAGGAGAUGGUGAACACUUAGAGCUUCUCGUUAAAUGCGCCGCAAGAACCACCAGCUGUAGGUUGCUAAUUUAUAGCUUGGCUUCUCUACUUAAUGAUUAUCCGGUCUUCUCUACACAGAUACCAUGGCACUGCACCCGUAUGAACCAGUCGGUUGUUUCAAAGACGCUACUCCACGCGCCCUACCAGUGUUACUCCAAUGGUACUCUGUCAACGAGAGAGAUUUGGCCAAUUCACUUCCAUCCAUGAUUCACGAGUGUGCUACUCAAGUGUAUGAGAAUGGCUUCUGGUAUUUUGGCGUAGAACAUCGAUACGAGUGCUGGAGUGGAUUAAACGGUGACAUGACGUACAACAGACAUGGGCGAUCCAACAGUUGUUUAUGGAAUUAUAACGUUGGAAAUGCAUGGACCAUAUUUGUUUACCGGUUUGUUGGAGUGAAUGGCAGUUGGAGCCAGUGGUCGUCAUGGCAACCAUGCAAUGUGAAGUGUGGAGGGGGACACAGGACACGUGCUCGCACAUGUUCUAAUCCAGCGCCAAAAUGGAACGGAAUGGAUUGCCCAGGGACACAUAUGUCCACAGAGAGCUGCAAUUUGCACAAAUGUAGAGGUAGAAGUUUUUUUUUUUUUGAAAUAUUUUUCAUUUAAAUGGUGCAAGCUUAUCUUGAUGCUCUAGUAUGUUCCUUGUUCUGUAUUUUGGAGCUUAGUUAGAUUUUGAUUUUUAAAGUGGCUCCGAGUCUGAAGAAUACAAUCAAACCACUUUUAUACGGAGGCAGCGUGGUAGAGUGGUUUAGGGCGCUGGAUUUGAAAUCUGGAGGUCCC